AUGGCAAAAGUGCUGCCGGAUGACCCGACAUCGCGACAUUUAGUCGCAUUCGUUGGCGAUGGACCGAUGGGCAUCACACGCUGGCGACCUGCCACCGAGGAAAGCGGUCAAGUCGCUAUCAUUGAGUACUUGGGCAUCGUCGGUAAUAAGCGGCGGCAGGGCUAUGCAAAGCGUUUCCUCCGUGUAGUCAUAAAGGACAUUGAAGCUAUGUACGCGCAGCAGCCGACGCACCCGCAGUCGCUAAUCGCAUAUGUACCUCAGUAUGACACUUUCGCAGGUGUGAGGUUGUUUCAGUCAUUAGGCUUUCAGCCGACUCCGAAGGAGGAGAUGGCGUAUGACAGCUCCUUGUUACGGAUGCGGAUAGCAUGGAUGCAGCCGCUUCUAGACUAUCAACCGCGAGCGAAGGAUUAA